AUGACAGAAUUAGUUAAUUAUUUAAUAGCUAUUGAAGAAAACAACCAUAAUGAUGUUAUUAAAAUUCUUACUUCGAUAAUUGACAAAACACCAUCUAAUAAUAAAGCUCAAAUGAUUCUUUUGUUAAAAGGUCGAAUUAAAGCUUAUUUUCAAACGGUGUUAAAUGAUUGUAUUCAAUUAGGAUCAAUAGGUUACAUUACUGAAAAUGAUGAACAUAUUUCAAUUAUCGAACGGUAA